GCUGGGUCCGAGCAUCCCGCUGCUCCGGACCCCCCGGCCCGGACAUGGCGACCGUCCGGGCCUCCCCGCGAGGCGCGCUACUGCUUCUCCUGGCCGUGGCGGGGGUCGCGGAGGUGGCAGGGGGCCUGGACCCGGGAAGUGCGGGUGCAUUGUGUUGUAAUCAUUCAAAGGAUAACCAAAUGUGCCGUGAUGUAUGUGAGCAGAUAUUCUCCUCAAAAAGUGAAUCCCGACUAAAACAUCUGUUGCAGCGAGCCCCAGAUUAUUGCCCUGAAACAAUGGUUGAAAUUUGGAGUUGUAUGAAUUCAUCUUUGCCAGGUGUGUUUAAGAAGUCUGAUGGCUGGGUUGGCUUAGGCUGCUGUGAACUGGCUAUUACCUUGGAGUGUCGACAGGCAUGCAAACAGGCAUCUUCAAAAAAUGAUAUUUCCAGAGUUUGCAGAAAAGAAUAUGAGAAUGCUCUUUUCAGUUGCAUUAGCAGAAAUGAAAUGGGCUCAGUUUGUUGCAGUUAUGCAGGCCAUCACACAAACUGCCGAGAAUACUGUCAAGCCAUUUUUCGAACAGACUCUUCUCCUGGUCCUUCUCAGAUCAAAGCAGUGGAAAAUUAUUGUGCCUCUAUUAGUCCACAAUUAAUACACUGUGUAAACAAUUAUACCCAAUCUUAUCCAAUGAGGAACCCAACAGAUAGUUUAUAUUGCUGUGACAGAGCUGAAGAUCAUGCUUGCCAAAAUGCCUGCAAGAGAAUUCUGAUGUCUAAGAAAACAGAAAUGGAGAUUGUUGAUGGCCUCAUCGAGGGUUGUAAGACCCAGCCUUUACCUCAGGAUCCACUUUGGCAGUGUUUUCUUGAAAGCUCACAAUCUGUUCACCCUGGAGUCACUGUACACCCUCCUCCCUCUACAGGCCUUGAUGGCGCUAAAUUGCACUGUUGUUCUAAAGCAAACACUUCAACAUGUAGGGAACUGUGCACUAAACUUUAUAGCAUGAGCUGGGGCAAUACACAGAGUUGGCAAGAGUUUGAUCGCUUUUGUGAAUAUAAUCCAGUGGAAGUGUCCAUGUUGACCUGUUUAGCAGAUGUUCGGGAACCUUGCCAGUUGGGCUGUAGAAAUCUUACUUACUGUACUAAUUUUAACAACAGGCCAACAGAACUUUUCCGGAGUUGCAAUGCUCAGUCAGAUCAAGGAGCCAUGAAUGACAUGAAGCUGUGGGAGAAGGGAAGCAUAAAGAUGCCAUUUAUCAACAUACCUGUUCUUGACAUUAAAAAGUGCCAGCCAGAAAUGUGGAAAGCAAUAGCUUGUUCACUGCAGAUUAAACCUUGUCAUAGUAAAUCCCGGGGAAGUAUUAUUUGCAAAUCAGAUUGUGUGGAGAUUCUGAAGAAAUGUGGGGACCAGAACAAAUUCCCUGAAGACCACACAGCUGAAAGUAUUUGUGAGCUUCUAUCACCUACAGAUGACCUGGAGAACUGUAUACCUUUGGAUACAUAUCUCAGACCAAGUACUUUAGGUAACAUUGUAGAAGAGGUGACUCAUCCCUGUAACCCAAAUCCUUGCCCCGCUAAUGAGCUCUGUGAGGUAAACCGGAAAGGGUGUCCAUCUGGUGAUCCCUGCCUUCCAUACUCUUGUGUUCAAGGUUGCAAAUUGGGAGAAGCAUCUGAUUUUAUUGUCCGUCAAGGGACACUGAUCCAAGUGCCAUCAUCUGCAGGGGAAGUUGGUUGUUAUAAAAUUUGCUCAUGUGGGCAAAGUGGACUCUUAGAAAACUGUAUAGAGAUGCACUGUAUAGACCUUCAGAAGUCUUGUAUUGUUGGAGGAAAAAGAAAAAGUCAUGGAACUUCCUUUAAUAUUGACUGCAAUAUCUGUUCUUGUUUUGCUGGCAAUUUGGUGUGUUCUACCCGCCUGUGUCUCAGUGAGCACAGCUCAGAAGAUGACCGUCGUACCUUCACAGGUCUGCCUUGUAACUGUGCAGAUCAGUUUGUCCCUGUGUGUGGGCAGAAUGGACGCACUUACCCCAGCGCCUGCAUUGCUCGCUGUGUGGGCCUCCAAGACCAUCAGUUUGAGUUUGGAUCAUGCAUCUCAAAGGAUCCAUGUACUCCUAACCCCUGCCCAAAAAACCAAAGAUGCAUACCCAAACCACAAGUCUGCCUGACAACUUUUGAUAAAUUUGGAUGUAGCCAGUAUGAGUGUUUGCCAAGACAGCUCACCUGUGACCAGGCCCGAGAUCCUGUUUGUGAUACAAACCACAUGGAGCACAGCAAUCUCUGCACUUUGUACCAGAGAGGGAAAAGCCUAUUAUACAAAGGCCCGUGCCAGCCCUUCUGCAGAGCCCCAGAGCCCAUCUGCGGGCACAACGGGGAGACCUACAGUAGCGUGUGUGCUGCCUACUCGGACCGGGUGGCGGUCGAUUACUAUGGGCCCUGCCAGGCCGUCGGGGUCCUCUCCGAGCACAGUUCUGUCACUGAGUGUGCUGCUGUGAAGUGUCCUUCUCUCUCAGCGACCGAAUGCAAACCCAUCAUCCCACCCGGUGCUUGUUGCCCAUUAUGUGCUGGGAUGUUAAGAGUUUUAUUUGACAAAGAAAAACUGGAUACUAUUGCUAAGGUGGCAAACAAAAAGCCAAUAACAGUUCUGGAAAUACUUCAGAAGAUCCGCAUGCAUGUGUCUGUCCCACAGUGUGACGUAUUUGGAUACUUCAGCAUUGAAUCAGAAAUUGUGAUCCUGAUCAUUCCUGUGGAUCAUUAUCCAAAAGCUUUGCAGAUUGAGGCUUGCAAUAAGGAAGCAGAGAAGAUCGAAUCCCUUAUCAACUCCGACAGCCCCACUUUGGUGGCCCACGUCCCUCUGUCCGCCCUCAUCAUUUCUCAGGUGCAGGUCUCCAGCAGCGUGCUUUCGGCUGCUGCCAGGGCCCAGCCUCCCUGCCACUCCCACCUCUUCCUCCUCAGCCUGGGUGUCGCCUUGCACAGGGUCUGGACACACAACUGACUGCCCAUGAAAAGUGCAAAAUAUUCCUCGACCUAAUCUUUCUACUUUGGAGAAGACAUACAGGACUGCUGGUUUAUAGUUGAAUAGUGGCCAAGUCAAAGCACUUGUCACCUCUAACCUCUAUGCACCACACAGUAUUUUUCUUAAUCACCAGUGUUAGUAAGGGUUUUGUUUUGUUUCUACAAAUGUUACAAUACAUUCUUUCAAAUACUAAUGAAAAGAGGAUGUCUCCUUCUGGCGGAUCACUGCCUUACAAUUUACAUUUUGCUCAUUAGAUGGGUCCCCCACUCUAAAACAAAUUCUGUAUCAUUGGUAAAUGAGAUGAUCACAUUUUAGAAAGAUAACUCACUUUACUAUGGGCUUUGUAUCACAAAAACUUCAUUUCCAAGUUCUUUUUAGUAUUAAGGUGCCCCUAGAGUGUGUGUUUGUUUACAGAUAUUCCCUACUCUGUUUAGAAGUGAGGGGUCACAGCAAAGAGCCACUGCUAUUAGAGUAUGAAAUAAAGAUAAGGCAUAUUUGGAAUUAUCAUAUAAAUCAUCAGGCAAAUUUAAUUUACAGGAAU